UAUUAGUUAGUUUGCAAUCAUUAGUUUAAAAAAAAAAACUUAUACGAUAUAAUAAAUAAAAUUCUUAUAAAUAAAUACGUUUUCCAUUUCAUAAAAUAAUUUGCCCCAACCGUGUAGAUGGUUCAAACAGAUUCAAAAUCAAGUUCACCCCAACUCUAGGGGAGCGUUCUUUUAUUACGUAACGCAAAAAAUCGGAUUUUGAGACCCCCUCUCCCUUCCCCUCGUAACAAAAUUUCCAUACAAAUUAAAAAAAUGUAUGGAGCGUAACCCGGCCUCCGACCUCCCCUCCCCCCUAUUGCGUUACGUAAUAAAAGAACGCUCCCUAGCUUGAAUUUUUUUCAUUUUUAUUUUUUUGCCUUUGAUAGCUAAAAUUCUUCAACUCUGAAACUCUAAAUGUAAGGUAUGCACUUCGGAAGAAACCGGUCAAGAAAAAUUUCAAAUGGGAAGCAGCGGCAGCGCAAGCAAGUCAGAGAGGGUGAAGAAAAGCCCCAAGAAAUCGCUCCCUCUCCUUUGUUCUGCUGUUCGUAAAGCUGUUUCUUGACCCAUUUCCUUUUGAUCUGCAGACUAGCCUAAAACAGGGGUGCCCGACCUAUUGGCCCUGCGGGCCAGAUUUAAUUUUUCUGAAGCAGUGGCGGGCCGGAACUAAUGUUUGAUAAAAGUUUAAAAGUUCAACUUUUUAAAUAAAAUUAUUUUAAUAAGUUUCUUUUAACCCAAACAAAUACAUAAACUAGUGUAGAAAAUACGAUUCAUAUUUCUCGAUUUUAAUUUAAUUUCAUGAUCAUUGCAAAAUUGAACUGAUAAUUUUCAUCAGUGCAUGAACCUGAUUUCUGACGUUUCAUGGGAAUGUUUUUGUUUUGAUUCCGGGAGGUAGAAAAAUUUGUUGCCUAGCUAUAACACUGUUCACACCACAACAAUGAGACGCUCGCUACGAAAACGUAAACGCAGUGAAGAUGUACCGGCAGAAGCUGUUGCACCACCACCAGCACCGGUAUCUCCAGCGCCAGCACCUGAGCAAAGUGAUGAACCUCCCGAACAACAACCUUCUCCGCAAUCCACCUGCAAUCUGUGCAAGAAGCUCAGUGCGGAUCUGCGCUCCGACCCGGAAACCGCCGACAAGAUCAUAGACUGCCUCGGACUUGGGAUCUCACCGGAGGUCGAUCCGACGGGGCAGAUUUGCGCCGGCUGUGCCGAACGCGUCGACGCGCAGCACGCCUUCCGGACGCGCGCCCUGCACUGCAACAGUUACGUCGAGAACGGGCUGGACGACAAGGAAGACGAGGACGUGUGCCGGUUCUGCUUGAAGGCGGAUGGCGGGUUGGUCGAGUUGUUUCCUGGGGGGAACGUUGUGGCGGAGGAAGUGGAACGGGUGCGGGAUUGUUUGGGGGUUGAGAUCAACAGCUGGGACUCGGUGACGAAGCUUUGCGGGGAUUGCGUGGGCGGUGUUGAAGAGUUGGCUGGAUUUCGGGCGGAAUUUUCGCCGACGGCCGUGCCGGUGAAGUUGGAGGACGUGAUGGAUUCGUCGGAUUCGUACAGCAUUGGGAGCGAGAAUGGGGAUGGGGGUGAGGGUUUUGAGUCGGAUGGUUCGACGGCGGUGGAGGGGGAGAAGGGUGGGGAAAAGCGGAAGAUCACGGCACGGUCUCUGCCGUGGAUUGGAAGCGACCACGAGGAUCGUAACUUUGACGUGCUGGAUGAAACGGACGAGGCGGUUGAGGUGGUGUUUGAGGAAUAUCCGUUCGAUCUGCGAAUGGUCCUGCCGGACGGGAGUUCGCUGUGGCACUGCGUUCAAUGCAAGUUGCGAGAUUGUCGCGUGCAGCUGAAAAUUGACGCGAAGGGAUUGUUGGCUACAUUUGGGGGUUCAAUCGACAAGCACAACCACAUGAACGAGCUGGACAAGCUGAUGGAGUGUCCGGAGGGGAAGGGGAUGGUUCAGUUUGACGGUAAGGAGCAACCGUUUUGGCUGUUGUACGGCGAACGCCAGCGAAGUCAGUACACGCGGAGUUUGAUCUUUGCCGGGCAGAAAUACUUGCUGCAGUCGAUUCGGUUCAAGGGACUGAUUGGCGUUUGGAAGUGUCAUCACGUGUUCAGGAAGUGCACGGCGUUGCUUCGGAUUGAUCCGCUUUUUGAGAAGUUUGAAAUGCGCGGUCGGCACAACCAUCCGCCGCUGGCGCAGUGGGAGAUUGACCACGCGUUGAGGUUGCGCGGCAUUCGGGAUGGCUCGCUCGAGGCAAUUCGUACGUAUCAGCGGACGACGUCGCGAGUUGCGAUUGAAAAGCGGGCCGAUCAGGAAGGAUACGUGGGUAACGGGACUCACACGUCCAAGUCUGAAUGUGCUAACGGAGCGGAGGACGGAGUUCAAGCGAAAGUUAAGGACAAUAAUGUGGACAUCUACAAAAUCCUCCAGCAGAAGGAUCCCGCGCGCAACUUUAAGGUGCUUCCACUUGAUACAGGUUUCAAGGUCGUCGAUGAGGACAAUUACGAGUAUUGCUUUUCCACCCAGCUUGAGGACAAUUCAACGCUGUGGAAGUGCGCAAUGUUCCAGCUGAGAAACUGCAAAGCGGUCGCCCAAGUAAGUCUCGAUGGCAGACAGUUGACCUUCAUCGAGCGCAAGCACAACCACGAAACUCGACCGCUCGAGCUGCUAAACUAUCCGCUAGGCAAGCGAGUGAUCGCCGGAGAAGCGGUUUGGCUGCUGAAAUGGUUCAACGCGAACCACGAGUCGCGUCGGGUUCUUUACCGUGGAUAUCUGUACACGCUGCACGAAAUUGGCAAGCACGGAAUCAUUCGGUGGAGGUGUCUCAGGAGGCAGUCCUGCGCGGCGAUUUUGCUCUCCGAAGGUGAUUUCCGCAAGAUGGAGGUCAAGGGAGAGCACACGCACCUGGGGCUGCCCCAAAGAUCCAUGGAUUCGUUGGUUAAGGACACUGAACCGACUGGGCGAAGAGUGCAAAAAUCCGUGGAGCAACCAGCGACUGCCCAGCUGUUGCCAAUGCCGAUCUAUACGACCAUCAGCCAACAAAAUCCGGAGAAAAAUUACACCGUCAAACAGAUCAAAAAGCAACUGCUGGUUGUCAGUUUUGACGGGCGUGACUUCCGGUUCAACGCAAAGGAAUCAACAGGCUACAGCCAGUGGAGCUGCGUUUGGAGCGACAUUCGCCAUUGCAAGGUAAAGUUGUACAUCAGCCCUGACGGAAAGGUGGCAAGGUUGCACGAAUCCGACCACAAGCACAACCAUUCGGACGGCGACGUCCCAGCGUUCAAACUCACCGACGGAAAGAGGACAAUAUUCGACGAAACCAAAAACGUCGACCUGCCCUAUUAUCUGUACACCUACCCGGCGGACUUCUUCCCCAACCGUGGCCUAAUCUACCAAGGCCAAAAGUACACGCUCUGUCGAAUCGACCGACACGGACACAGCACCUGGAAAUGUCCCCGAACCUGCACCGGAUACAUCAAAGUCGAGAGCAGUCUGCGCUCCAUCGCCUGCAAAAACUCUCACCAACACGCCGCACUAACACCCCAAGAAAUCAAAAUCAUCACCGGAUCGGACCAACCCGACCUGCUCGAAGGUGCCUCCUUCCCCGACACGCCCUCCACCAGCACCGUCCCCAUCAAGAAAGGUCCUCUCAGUACCCACGACCUGCUAGAAAUUCUCUCCACCCAAGACCCGGACCGCAACUUCCAAGUCCAAAUCAAAAACCGAAGCAUGAAAAUCGUCCAAAACGGCUUCGAGUACUACUACAACCUGUCGACCGCCAAAUUCACCAGCUGGAAGUGCAUCUACACCACGGUACGCGCAUGUCGAGCCACCAUCACGCUCGACAACAGCUGCAAGUCCGCCCACCUUCCGGAAAUCCCCCGCCACAGCCACUCCACCAAGCCGUGGAGCCUGCUGACCUUCCCCCUCGGCCGAAGCACCAUCAUCGACGCGCAAACGGGCGCGGAAAAGCCGUUCUGGUUCCGACUACAACCGAACUUCCUGCGCCCGAUCGUGACGAUCAUGUACGAAGGGCACCGGUACCGGUUGGUGUUCCUCAACGAGUCCGGCAGCAGCAGCACCUGGGGCUGUUCGUCUUCUCGGCGGUGCAAUGUGCGCAUUUUUAUCGACGGGUUGUUCAAGCGGUUGAGGAAUGGGAAUUCGAUCCACACGGAGCCGGCCAUGAGCGCCAGCGAUCAGGCCGCCUGGAUCGAGGAGAUUGGAACGAUCGGUGGGGAAGAGGCGGUGGAGCAGGAUUUAUAAGGGUUAUAGCGAGUGAUUGUCGGACGGAAGUGUUGAACUUAUUUUCAUUAUGUUCUCACUAAUGUUAUUUAUUAAAGUAUUUUGACAACCUAUUGAAAUAUAAUUCGUUUGAUUGGAUCGAGCUUA